AUGAAACAGAAGAGUAGUUCUGGUGCACGGUUUUUCCAGCUUAGCAUGCAUUGUUUAGAGAUUUGUUUUGUAAUUGGUUUGCUGCUCGUCACUAUCGAUGGUACGAUACAGUAUAGAAUACACGGCAGGGGAAAAGGAACUGGUAUACUGCGAGAAAAAGAUAAAACCAUCUGCAAAGAAAGGAACUUCUGUCAAAACGGAGGGACCUGUGUCCCCUCACUUUGGCCGAUGAGGACGUGGAGGUGUGUCUGUCCGGAAGGAUGGUCAGGAAGACGUUGUCAGAAAUGUGGUCGAAAAGAGCCUACACCCUCUACCAUGACUGGAUCCGUGAAGACGACGGUAACUGAGUGGAUACACACUACUAUAACAGAACCCACAGACGUUACUAUAACAAAGCCCAUAGAUAUUACAGUAACUCAACCCAUAGAUGUUACCGUAACUGAACUUACAAGCUCUGCUGUAACUGAACCCACAGGUUCUACUGCAAAUGAAGUCGCAGGCUCUAAUGUAACUGAAGCCACAGUCUCUACUGCAACUGAACCUACAGGCUCUACUGCAACUGAACCCACAGAAACUACUGCAAAUUGGGAAUUUUGA